AUGGACGAGAACUUCGACCCAAAUCGAGCUGUACAUCGGCCGAGUGGCGCCGUAAGCAGUGAGCCAUCCCCCUCGAAAGAGGUUGCAGACGAGGAUGCGCCGCUCGUUGCUGUGCUCAGCGCGUUGGGGGAUGGGCAAGUGGCUAUCGCGGGGGACGUUGUGGCCAUACGGGCGGGACCAGAGACUUACCAUCCUGUCAAGGCGUUGAAGGGAAUGGCGUCCGAGAGCGAUGUCAUCAUCCUCUCCUGCUUGACCAAAGCGCCCGCCGCCGGCGAGGCUGCCUCAGCCGUGCGCUCCGCCCUUCAGCACGUCGUGGUGCGCCCGCCCUCGGUCACGACCCACAGCCCCGGGCCGGGAGGCAGAGCGGCGGCGGCGGGAGGCGUGGGGGUGGCCCCUACCCUACGGGCCAUCUCCCCGUCCUCCUACUCCGCCGUCGUCGACAGCAACCUGCUGCGGGCGUUCACGGCGACGCGUGCUCGGAUGAUUCUGGCGGGGCUGACCCCGCCGCCGGCCGGGGGCGAGUCACGGACGCUGCCGACGGUCGUCGCCGGGGUGUCCGGGGCCCCCGGCGGCCUCUGCUUUCUCGGGCAGAGGGCGACGCCCGAGGGCCACAGCUCGUUCUCCUUCCGGCGAGACAGCGAGCAGGAAGCGGCCGGGGGGCGGGCGCAGGCCCUCAGGAUCGACGACUUGGUGCGCGAGUACGGGGGCCGCGCGCACGCCUCCGCUCGCGCGCUGUACGACCUGUGGGGUGACUCGAGCGGCGACUUCCUCGGCGAGUGCCUGCAAGAGGGCGCCAAGUCGAACCCCUUCGCCCGUCUUGCCACGGAGUGGGACUGCUCGACCCACGCCACCCGGACCCUUGGGUCGGCUCCGCCUCCCGCGUGCUCCUCCCUCCUUCUCAUCGGCGGGGAGUGCCCUCCGACUACGGUGAGCGCCAAGAUCCGGGGGAAUAUCGAGGCCCUCAAGACGGCUGUGGAGAGGGGGGCGGCGCCGCAGCAGGCACGGCGGAAAGCGAAAGGUCCGUUUGGGGGCGAGAAAGGAGGCACCGGUCGCGCCGAAGCACAUCCUGGCGGUGCCAGUGCUUCUGGGGACGGGGAGGAGCAGGAGCGGAGGCGGUGGGAUGAAGAUCUCCAAGCGUUGCUUAGCGGGUCCGAGAACAUGGCGGAGUUCGCGGCGAAGCCGGUCGAUGUGCCGGUCGGGGGCGGGGGUAGCGACGACACGCUGGAAGCGGGUAGAGCUGAGGAGGACACUGCGGUUCAAGACCGUACCGACGGCGGCGGCGUGGGAGAGGAAGAGGUCGGAUCGGGCAUGCAGGAGGUGCCGGAGAAGGUCAGAGGCGACCUCGACUUCUCUGAGAGGCUGUGGGAGCUGGCCGCGCGCGCCACAGACGUGGAAGGCGUGCGGUCGGCCGUCGCGUUGGCUUUUGACGCCGUCGGAGAGGGGCAGAUGUUCCCGGUCAUCAGCCGAGACAGCAAGACGGCCGUCGGCUGCCACAUUCGAGACGGCGUCGCAAUGGCGCGAGAGGCGAGGUACCAAGACGGGACGUCCGGGUGCCUCGGGGACGAGGCCAAGGCCGAGGCGUGGCGAGAGCGGGGGUCCGCCUUGCUCGCGGACGAGGACUCCCUGGCGAGCGCGUUCGUGGAGCUGGGCGUGCACAAGGUCACGCGCGACCUGUUGCACUGGCUCGAGGCGUACGCCGGCGUCCUCGCGGCCGACGUCGACCGCGCGCUGCCGGACACCGCCGCCGCCGCCGCCGCCGGGGACAGGCCGGCUCCCGGCACCGGCGGCAGCGCGGCGGGAGACCGCCGCUUGGACCGUCUCCUCACGCUCGCCGACACGCUGGACCUCGUCGCGCUGGCUCAGUCCUACGGGGCGCCGUGGCGACAGCUCGCCCACCCAGUGUUCUGGGAGCUGUACCUGGAGCCCGCGGGGGGCAGCGGAGUGGGAGGCGCGAUGGAGACUGUGUCGUACACGUUGGCGAACGCUGGCCUGUUCCAGCUUAGCGGGUUGGAUGAGCCCCCGGCGCUGUCGGGGGAAGCGGCCCGCGCGGCGCAAGCCGCCCUGAGUGGCUGCCCUGCCCGCCUGAUCCCGGAGGUGUUGUCGAGCGUCACCGGAGCCGAGAGCUUCGUGGAGCUCAAGCGGCGAUUGCUGGAGCACAAGGCCAAGGGUGCAACCGUGGGGGGUGACGCGGUAUUUGUUUGCGAGCACAGCUUCAUCCCUUGGUGAUAUCAAUUGGUUGGGUGAAGUUCUUGUGUGUGUCCCGCUGUUUUCCUUCCGUCAGCGGAAGAGUGCGGGAUCACCAUCGAUCGAUCGUUGUAGGUGUGCAGAACGCAUUGCAUAGUAGCGCGCAACUGCUGCGAAUGUGCUCGGUUGUGUACUCCUUGCUGUUGCGUUUCUAGGUCCGUUUCCUUCGAGAAAGGUGUGCGUGGUUGGACCUUUUUACUGUUGUGAGCAAGGAGGUCGUCUCUUAUUGGUUGGUACAUCGAAUGGUGGCAGAGAGGCCAUGGUGUUGUUAUUUUUGUUGUCUAAGGCGGGUUCCGCGGUACACCCGGCACCGCCACUGCAUACAUGGAUUCUCAGAAAACUUCGUAGUUCGCUUUGAACGGUCGAAAACAACGUCAACAAAAUAUGCCCAAAAUUUUUUUCUCCCAUGUUCCUGCUGCUUGUUUUCGGUAUCGACGGCGGCAAUCGCUUCCGCUUGGCCGAGUUAGGGGGGGUAGAGCCACUCAGAAAGUUGGUCAGGCAAUCACUCGUGCCUGCAAGAGGAUGUGAAAUCGGUCUGUUUU